GAGUUUUAGGAAUUUUAACUGUUAAUAUAUUUUUCUUUAAUUAAAAAUAAUCGUUUUGUGCAUUUCAGUGAAUAAAGCAGAAUGGCAUCAAAAAAGGAAAAGUUUAAAAAAUGUGUUUGGUACGCCGUCUUCAUCGCAUUAUUAGUAAUCACCAUAACUCAGCUGAUGCAGAGUUUUGAUAGCUGGGAGGAGAGACCCUUUGAUACUAUAGUGGACAAAGUUCCUAAACAGAAUAUCCCAUAUCCAAGUGUUACUGUUUGCCCAGCAGGUUCAACUAUUUGGUCCGGAGUACGACAAUUUCUAAAUGAAAUGGAAUUCAAGGAUGAAUACAAAGACAUGCUGAAACAAUCCUACAAUACACUUUUAAGGUUGAAAAUUGCAAACUUAAGACUUAAGCCUGGUGAACUUGAUCCAUUUAUUUAUACCUACCAAGAAUGUUACGACUGGACUGAAUAUCUAAAGAACAGAGAGUUCUGCAACUUUGCAAUGUAUGUGCUAGAAAUGACUAGUAGAAUGAUCAGUGAGGAUAUUUUUACCAACAGAACACUAGCUAAAUAUCAGAAGAACAGACUAAAUGUCCGCUUUGAAGAAAUAGAGGGUCCAGGCUGCUUUGGUCCAGGGUUUGCUUGCAACUUAAACCUGAACUCUGUUGUUAAGCAGCCUGCUUAUAGCAGGCUACCCAGUUACCUAGAUCUUCUUACGGUGGAAAUGGUUGAAAGUGGUAUAACUGAGAAUCCAUUUGACAUAGUUCUUCAGGAAAUGUAUCUGCCUCCUCCUAUCACAACCCCAGAACCAGUAACUGAGACAACUGAGUGUGUAUAUUGUUUAUUCAAACGUGAGAUAUCAAGUACUCUGGAUAAUCCAUCUUGGGAAGAUGUCAGAAAACUAAACUCUACCUUUAGUUUACCUCCACCGAAAAAUAUUAUGAAAUAUGUUAUCUCAACUUGUUGCAGCCCAUGGAUAACUCUGUCUCAGAUGUACCAUGAAUACUCAAUGCUUUCCAAGCUACAGUUUCAGAACUUCAAGAAUCUUGGAGAUUUUAUUGUUACCAUGGCAAAACAAGCAUUAUAUGAUGAAAGCAUUUCUAAUUAUCUGACACAAGGAUUGAUUGAAAACACAGAAAAAGAAUUGCAAGAUUUCUUGUGAUUUAUCCUACAAGAAAUUACUGAAGAAAAGGAGUUAUCCUGGAGUUUAAUAGACGCUAUUGAUAUUCUGGUAAUACUAGGUGGAAAUGAAGUAAUUGGGAACAGAAUUUCAGCUUAUAGAAAUACUUCUGGAGGACGACAGGAUAGUUGGCAAAGUCUAACCAAAACUGAG